AUCUUUUUAUUCAGGCAGACUUACARGUUUAAUAUAUUUUCAUUGAACAACAGCGAACAUUUUUAGAUUAAUGUGUAAUGUACUUUAUAACUAUUUUAAACGAAUACAUCGUAAACAUUUACGAAUACAACCACUUAAUUAUAUCAGAAAAUCUGUAGCCAGCGUUAAGAAAAUCCAUCUCUUACGGUGAAUAAACAAUAACUUAGUAUAAUGAGAAGUAAAAAAACCCAAAAGUAAUAAAAUAAUUUAAAAAAGAAAUAAAAUCGAAAAGAAGAGGGAAACCCUUAAACAAUAUUAAGGGAUUAAUCGCUUAAUUGCUUUUUACACGUCUACUUGUGCGCCUAUUUUUACUCAGGCACAGCAACGGGUGUCCUGAGGGGUCCUGGACUUCACAUUUUUUCACACGUGUUGAGGAACCAUGGCGGACCUUCAGAUGAAGCUGCUCCGAAAGAAAAUCCAGAAAAGGACCGAAAAGAACCGGGAGAGGAAACAGAAGAGAAGACAGCCGGAUGAAGAKGAGGCAGAAAUAUUCUGGCAGCGGACGGGUUCCGGCGGCCCAUUAGCUCCAGGUUGGAGGUUCUUCCUGGACUCUUUUAUCCGUGUUGUASCCGGGAAAACGUUGGCCUUCCUCAUCCCGUCCAUCGAGCUCAUCAACAAGCUCAAGUUCAUGCCCAGGAACGGUACCGGCGUGGUGAUCCUGUCUCCGACGCGGGAGCUGGCCAUGCAGACGUACGGCGUGAUGAAGGAGCUGAUGGYGCACGACGUCCACACCUUCGGCCUCAUCAUGGGCGGCAGCAACCGCUCCGCCGAGGCCCAGCGGCUCRCCAACGGCGUCAACAUCCUGGUGGCCACGCCCGGCCGCCUGCUGGACCACCUGCAGAACACGCCGGGCUUCAUGUUUAAGAACCUGCAGUGUCUGAUCAUCGAUGAGGCCGAUCGGAUCCUGGAGGUCGGCUUCGAGGAGGAGCUGAAGCAGAUCAUCAAGCUGCUGCCCAAGAAGAGGCAGACGAUGCUGUUCUCGGCCACCCAGACGCGCAGGGUGGAAGACCUGGCCCGGAUCUCCCUGAAGAAGGAGCCGCUGUACGUUGGCGUGGACGACCACAAGGACAGCGCCACCGUGGACGGCCUGGAGCAGGGCUACGUUGUGUGUCCGUCGGAGAAGCGCUUCCUGCUGCUGUUCACCUUCCUGAAGAAGAACCGCAGGAAGAAGCUGAUGGUUUUCUUCUCCUCCUGCAUGUCGGUCAAGUUCCACUACGAGCUUCUCAACUACAUCGACCUCCCGGUCCUGGCCAUCCACGGCAAGCAGAAGCAGACSAAGCGGACCACCACCUUCUUCCAGUUCUGCAACGCCGACUCCGGCAUCCUGCUGUGCACCGACGUGGCGGCGCGCGGCCUCGACAUCCCCGAGGUCGACUGGAUCGUCCAGUACGACCCGCCGGACGACCCCAAGGAGUACAUCCACCGGGUCGGCAGAACCGCCAGAGGCAUCGACGGCCGCGGCCACGCGCUGCUCAUCCUGCGACCCCAGGAGCUGGGCUUCCUGCGCUUUCUGAAGCAGGCCAAGGUCCCGCUGAGCGAGUUUGAGUUCUCCUGGAGCAAGAUCUCUGACAUCCAGUCUCAGCUGGAGAAGCUGAUAGAAAAGAACUACUACCUGCACAAGUCGGCCCAGGAGGCCUACAAGUCGUACGUCCGGGCCUACGACUCUCACUCUCUGAAGCAGAUCUACAGCAUCAGUACCCUGAACCUCCCCAUGGUGGCGCUGUCCUUUGGGUUCACCGUGCCGCCCUACGUUGACCUCAGUAUCCUUUUCUCUGCUGCUCGGGUCUAAUCAAACCUCAAUAAAGCUGAUCACUCCGGUCCGCCUUCCUGGGAAAGUCCGGUUCAUUUGUGGAGGUGUGAAUGGACUUCCCCUCCUGGCCU